AUGGCCUCCCGUCCCACAGUUACCGUCAUCGGCGCCGAUGGCAAGGCCACCGGCGCCACUGAGGUCCUCCCCAAGGUCUUCAGCGCCCCCAUCCGCCCGGAUAUCGUCAAGCACGUCCACACCGGCAUGGCCAAGAACAAGAGGCAGCCGUACUCCGUCAGCGAGAAGGCUGGUCACCAGACCUCGGCUGAGUCGUGGGGCACUGGUCGCGCUGUUGCCCGUAUCCCCCGUGUCUCCGGCGGUGGUACUCACCGUGCCGGCCAGGCCGCUUUCGGUAACAUGUGCCGUUCCGGCCGCAUGUUCGCCCCCACCAAGAUCUGGCGCAAGUGGCACGUCAAGAUCAACCAGGGCCAGAAGCGUUUCGCUACUGCCUCGGCUCUUGCCGCCUCUGCCGUGGCUCCCCUCCUGAUGGCUCGCGGCCACCAGGUCGCUACCGUCCCCGAGGUUCCCCUGGUCGUCGACUCCUCCGCCGUUGCCGGCGAGGCCGUCGCCAAGACCGCCGCUGCCCUCGCCCUCCUGAAGGCCGUUGGCGCUGGUGCCGAUGUCGAGAAGGUUAAGGGGUCCAAGAAGGUCCGUGCCGGUAAGGGCAAGCUCAGGGGCCGCCGCCACCGCCAACGCCGUGGUCCUCUGGUCGUCUACAGCGCCGAGGCCGAUGGCAAGGAUCUCGUCAAGGGCUUCCGCAACAUCACUGGUGUCGAGACCUGCCCGGUCGAUGCCCUCAACCUCCUCCAGCUUGCUCCCGGUGGCCACCUCGGCCGCUUCAUUGUUUGGACUUCGGCUGCCAUCAAGGAGCUCGACGCCGUCUACGACAGCAAGAAGGGCUUCUUCCUCCCGUCCAGCGUUGUUGCUCAGGCCGACCUUACCCGUCUCAUCAACAGCUCUGAAAUCCAGAGCGUCCUCCGCGCUCCCAAGGGCGACGCCCGCAGCAAGCGUGGGGCCGUCCAGAAGAAGAACCCGCUCGUCAACAAGCAGGUUCAGCUCCGCCUCAACCCGUAUGCCAAGGCGUUUGCUGCUGAGAAGCUUGGUGAGGUUAAGGCCGAGCAGGGCAAGCCCCAACCUCCCACUGCGGCUUUCAAGGAGCAGCUGCACGAGAUGUAA